GUCCAAGUGGACAAACAUAACCAAGCUGCGGGGGGGUUGUCUGGGUUCGUCCUGGACACCUCUCCGCGGUGACCUGCUGGGGGAUGUUCGCAAUUGGGGGAUACCAAUUUCCAUUUCGUACCUACUAACUGGGGGAUGUCAGUCCGCAACUGGGGGUCUUCGUACAUGUGUUCUUCAUCUCCUUUGUUUUUUCUGUCUUUUCUUUCUUUUUCUUGUUGUCUUUUCUGUCUCUUCCUUGCUGUCGUUUGUUUCUUUCUCUGCCUGUCUUUUUUCUUCGUUUUCUUGUUGUCUUUUUUCUUCGUUUUCUUGUUGUCUUUUUCUUCGUUUUCUUGUUGUCUUCUCUUGCUUUUCCUUGCUGUCUUCUCUUUUGCUUGUUUGGUAAGCUCUCGCUCCCUUUACCUCAUACCUACCUACCUAAAAAACGCUAACAUUGCUCACAGUUUGUUUUCCCAUUCAACAUGGAAGAAGCUAGGAUGGAUAGUUGGGCUGCCGUGUCCUGACGAUGAUCCCAGCCUGGCUUUUGCGUUUGCAUUUCCAAAGCACCGCCGGGUGACGUGAACAUGGCGGAUCGCUUUGUCGCCGCAUGAAUAGGGUAGGAAUUGGAACCAGUGCCUCGGUGCGCCUGGGAAACACUCCCUUCCAUGUACACGUCCCCGGCACACAGAACUGCUUGCUUCAUGUCCCCGUGUUACGAUCCUCCGUGGCCGUAACACUUCACGUUUUCUUUUGUU